AUGUCGAGAGGGACGAGACCGGCGACGAUGGAUUUCGACCCCGUCACUCAACCCGAGCUCUUCGGCACGGACAACAAGAAGAGCACAAUCUACACGGUCAACUUUGUGCUGCUGACCUUUGCCACCAUCCUGGUCGCGCUGCGGUUCUACACGCGCUUCUACAUCCUCAACCUCGUGGGCGCGGACGACUGGCUGGUUCUGUUGUCGCUGGUUUUCUUUGCGGCCCUGGUCGCCUGUGAGCUUUUGCUGGAAAGUCGAGGCCUCGGGCAUCACAUCGGGACGCUACCAAAGCCAGAUGGAUUCAAGAUAUAUUUGCAGACCUUUUGGGUCUCGAUCCAAAUCUACAACUUUGCCGUCGCCAUCAUCAAGAUGGCCUUUUUAGCACAAUACUACCGCAUCAUGACGCUCAAAAAGAUGCGGCAGUGGGUUCUAAUCGUCACCGGCAUCGUGGGAGCCUGGAGCAUCUCACAGAUCUUCAUGGGCAUAUUCAUCUGCGUGCCUGUUUCGGGAUUCUGGGACCCGAGACCCGACAUGAGAUGCCUCCCCGAGCUGACGACCUGGUACGCAAACGCCAUUGGCAACAUAAUCGCCGACCUCAUGAUCAUCGUGCUACCACUGCCAAUGAUCAAGGGGCUGAACCUCCCAGGCACGCAAAAGCUGGUCCUGGUUGGAAUCUUUUGCUUGGGUUUCUUCACAACCUCCAUCAGCGCCAGCCGGAUCCGCUUCCUCGGCACGCCGGUCGACGUGACGUUCGAAAACCCCGAAGCCGAGUACUGGUCGCUCGCGGAGAUCUGCAGCGGCAUCGUGUGCGCGGUGCUGCCGACGCUGCGGCCGCUGGCGGGCAAGUACCUCCCGACGCUGUUUGGCAGCCGCUUCAGCAGCAGCGGGUCGUACUUCAUCUCGGCGCGGCGGCAGACGUGGCAGCCCAAGGGCACGACGAGCGGGCUGCACACGUCGUCGCUGGCCCACUCGACGCAGCAGCGCCGCCACAAGGGCCACGGCGGCAACAGCGCCGCCGGCGCGACGACCACGACGAGCAGCCGCGCGCCGCCGGCCGAGGACGAGGAGCAGCUGACCCCCGGCGGCUACAGCGAUAUCGGCAAGCCGCUGUCCACCAUCGACAGCAACGAGGAGGGCGCGGCGGAGGAGGGGCGCGCGGGCAUCGCCAGGGGGGACGUGAUGGAGAUGCAGGGCAUGGCGGGAGGGGGAGGAGGGGCGAGGAGGACGCCGGAGCCCGUGUAUCCGGAUAGAGUCUACGCGGGCAACACCGGGCAGCCGCCCACGUCGGUGUCGGCUAACAGGCGGUGGGAUGGGGUUCAUGCGCCGCCGAGGGGCCCUCCCAUGGCGGGAAUAAUGGUGCAGCGGGAAGUUGUGAUACAAGAAGAGCCCCGACCUAUUUGA